GGUUCACCAGAGACCGGCGAACCCGCGGCUUCUCCCGACGAGGAAGUUCAGAGUUUGGUCGCCGCGAACAGCUGUAGGGAGAUUCGGAGCUUUCGGUUUCUGAAAACGCAAGAGCUAAAAACACAGAUUCCCUUCGGAGCUGAGUUAUAUUGACCUACUAAUAUUCCUCCUGCUGUGAGAUACAGGACCCUGCUGAACCUGAGGGAUACGGACAUAUUUUUCCUUUUUUCGUCUCAGAACAGCCGUUACCAGAGAGAUACGGAGCUUUUACCUCGGAGAGCUGCUGCAGAUACAGAGUCUAAUACUACAGAAAAACUGACCUAGGUUAGCUAGCCUGGUCUAGCUUAACCUGCAUGUCUCAGAGCAUCCGUGUGUGCUAGGUUAGCUACUCCGUGCUAGGAUUACUUUACGUUACAUUGCCUGGGAGUGUACUGUGUGUUCAGAUUUAAGCCUGAGUCCAAAGUCCAGUAGUUUUGUAGUGUGAAGGGUCGAGGUGCUGGGGUUCAGGCUCAGUGACAGAGUCGCUCCAGGACCAUAAUCUAACCUAGGUUAGCCAACUAUGUCGUGCUUCUUAAUAUAGUUCGGUUAAGAAGAAGAAUAGCCUACAAUAAGCUUUAAAAACUGGCUAAUACACCGCUAGUGUUUAUAACCUAUACUUUAUGGGUAGACCGUAAGAAGAGGAAAGUUCACAACAAAACGGAUUACACAACAGUAACUGUGCUUUACUAGUUACCUGUUAGCUCAGCUAACUACCAUGGAGUCGUCAACACCAUCAAAAAUACAGAGAAUUAUUUAUGCUACAUAUUUAAUCGCUGCUUUGGACAUCACACUGCUGUUCGUGCAGUUUUCAGUAACCCCGUAUUUAGCAAAAAAGCUGGGAUUUGACACACUGUGGUUUGGAUACCUGCAGACAACAGUAGGAGUAAUUCAGCUCCUGGGGGGCCCUGUGUUUGGCAGGUUUGCAGAUGUGUUCGGUGCUCGUGCUGCUCUCUCUGUAUCUUCUUUGGCCUCUGUAGUUUAUUUUUUGCUGCUGGCGGCCGCAGACAGCACUUUCAUGCUCUUUCUACACAAACUACCUGCAGUAUUCAUGCAUGCUUUGCCAGGUGCACAGAUGGUGGUGGCAGACCUGUCUCCGAGUGAAAAGCGAGCAGAUGCCCUGGCGAAGCUUGGUCUGUGUUUCGGUAUUGGUAUGAUUGCAGGAUCGUCACUAGGGGGCACCCUCAGCACACGUUAUGGGGAGAAGUUAACGGCAUAUGUGGCUGCUGGGGGGAGUUUGAUCAGUGUACUGUUGGUGCUGAAUUUCAUACCAAAACACACCAAAAAACACAACGCAAAGGAGGACAACAAAAAGGGAGCCGGCUCUGUGUUUAGCCUUGGGGAGAUCAUCAGACUGAUGAAGUUUCCAGGUGUUGCAAAAACUUUCACUGUGAAGAUAAUCUCAGGACUGCCAUCAGGUGUGUUUCAGGUCAUGUUCUCCAUUAUUGCCAUGAACUUUUUCCAACUCCAGCCACAGCAAAAUGGUUACUUAAUGGCCUACUUCGGUGUUGUGCAAAUGGUUAUUCAAGGUGCAGUUAUCGGGCGUUUGACUUCCAAAUAUUCAGAGAACUUUUUACUGUUGCUUGCUGUAGGCAUGAGCAGCAUGGUGGGACUUGGACAGGCCCUAACCACCAACAUUUUCCAGUUCUGCUUUGUUGCUGUGCCAAUGAUGUUCUCGCUGAGUGUCUUUAAUGUCAUCACAGACAGCAUGCUAACAAAGAGUGUCCCAGCAUCUGACACAGGAACCAUGCUGGGUUUGUGUGCUUCAGUACAGUCUUUACUGCGCACAAUUGGACCAACAAUCGGAGGUUUCCUGUAUGAGAGUUACGGUGUGGCAUCGUUUGGAUACAUUCAGUUUACCGUCAAUGCUUCUGUCUUCAGCCUGUUGCUGCUAUCCCAGAGAAACACCAUUCAGAAAAGUUAAAUACAGGGGACCUUUAAAAUCUGUCAUGUUAGUUGGCAUUAGUUUUUGUUAUUUCUUUAAUGGCUUACACAUUCUGAAGAUUAGUAUGCAUUUUAAAUCAAGUGAUUUUUAUUUUAAAUCAAUUAUAUUUUUAUAUCAGUUACAUAAAUCUGUAUUUUAUGAACAAGAAUAAUUUAAUCACUUUUAUCAUGUUAUUCAUGUUUUAUUCAUUCUAAAAAAAGGUGAUGUAACAAUGAGAGGAACAUAUAUUGUGUUAUAAAUAUCAAGUCUACUUUUUGUUGUAUUAAACUAAAAAAAGUGAAAAAU